AUGAUCACACUGCCAAUUGGCACAUACUUCUUCACAGUCAACUUUGUCUUCAAGGGCAACGCAACAUGGGCGGGUGGUCUGGCAGCACUUAUGGCGAACGUGGUCUUGAUCGCAUAUGUCAUCAUGGCAUUCAAAGAUGAUCAGGAGGAGAUGCGAGAAGAAGCAGAGAAGUCCAAGAAGAAGUUGUAG